AUGGCAUCCUCCUCGCCGCCGGACGUCGCGGAGGACGUGCCCCCGUUCCUGCACCUCCUCAGCGACGGCACGGUGAUCCGCUUCACUGACUGCUACCCGCUCCCCAUCCCGUCACCACCGCCCGGCCAGCCCGUCGUCGACUGGAUGGACGUCCUGUACGACGCCAGCUACGGCCUCAAGCUCCGCAUCUACAGGACGACGGUAGCCUCCUCCUCCGGGAACAAGCUCCUGGUGAUCGUCUACUUCCACGGUGGUGGGUACAGCAUUGGCAGCUUCGACAUGCCUAACUUCCACGCGUGGUGCGUCCGCCUCGCCGGCGAGCUCCCGGCUGUGGUGCUCUCUGCACACUACCGCCUCGCCCCCGAGCACCGUUUCCUCGAGGGCCUCGACGCUGCAGCGAACGUCGUGUCCUGGGUGCGCGCCCAGGCGGCAGCGGCAGAGGACAGUGCCGGUAGUCGUUGGCUCAUACGCACUAACCACCACGCAGGAACAGUUAUGGUCUCUCGGCGUCGUAUGUAG